AUGUUUCUUGCUCAGGGACACUUCGACACGCCCCAGGGCGGGGCACCGAACCGACAACCCUCCGACUGCCAGACAACCGCUCUUACCUUACCUCCACCCUCCUCCUCCUCCUCCUCUCCCCUCAGGUACACGCUCCUGCCCACGGGGGUCCUCCAGAUCACGGGCCUGCGCUUGGAGGACAGCGGCGUCUUCUGCUGCGUGGCGCACAACAGCGCAGGCGUCAAGCACAGCGCCGAGGCCAGCCUCGCCGUCUCAGGCUCUCAAUCCUCUGUUUACAAGGAGCCCAUGAUCCUGGUGGGUCCCGAAAACCUCACGCUCACCGUUCACCAGACCGCCAUUUUGGAAUGUGUGGCCACUGGAUACCCGCGCCCGAUCGUCUCUUGGAGCAGGCUAGACGGCAGGCCCAUCGGCGUGGAGGGGAUCCAGGUGCUGGGCACGGGGAACCUGAUGAUCUCGGAUGUCAGGGUGCAGCACUCCGGCGUCUACGUCUGCGCAGCCAACAAGCCCGGGACGCGCGUGCGCAGGACCGCGCAGGGGCGGCUGGUGGUGCAAGCCCCCGCAGAGUUCAUCCAGCCCCCCCAGUCCAUCGCCCGCCCGGUUGGCACCACCGCCAUCUUCACCUGCCUGGCGCAGGGCGAACCCGUGCCUCAGCUCACCUGGCUGAAGAACGGGCAGAUCCUGGAGCCGGGAGGUCACGUCAAACUCAGGAACAACAACAGCACGCUGACCAUCUACGGCGUCAGCCAGGAGGACGAGGCCAUCUACCAGUGCAUCGCGGAGAACAGCGCGGGCUCCACCCAGGCCAGCGCCCGCCUGACGGUGCUGUGGGCCGACGGCCUCCCGGGCGUCCCCGCCUCCGUCCGCGCCGCCGCCCUCUCCCCCACCGCCAUCCAGGUGUCCUGGAAGGAGCCUGUCCAGAACACGCAGGACAUCAUCGGAUACGUCCUCCACAUCCGCAGAACCGCAGACCCGAUAGAGAUGGAGUACCAGGAGGCAGUCAGUAAGAGCACCCUGCAGCAGGUGGUGAGCGAGCUGGAGCCCUCCACCAGCUACACCUUCUACGUGAAGGCCUACACCUCCCGCGGAGCCAGCAAGCCCUCCGAGACGGCGGAGGAGAGCACCCUGGGGGAGGUGCCCGCGCCACCGUCCCUCUUCGCCAGGCUGGUGAACAGCACCGCGGUCCAGGCGGCCUGGGAGCCGUCGGGGAAGCCGGGCCAGCACGACGGCUACAAGCUCUACUACCGCACGGUGCACUCGGCCCAGUUCACCGGACCCCUCACCUUCACCCGCAACGUCACGCAGCACAACAUCACGCAGCUGGACCCCACCCUGGUGUACGAAGUGAAGGUGCUGGCCUUCAACCAGCACGGCGACGGCAACGCCACCACGCGCUUCGUCUCCAUGAAGGAGGCCAUGGAGAGAUCAGUGCUGAGCCCGCCCUGCGACUGCGUGAAGGAGGAGCCCGGCAAGGGCACCACGGGCAUCAUCAUCGGCAUCCACAUCGGCGUCACCUGCAUCAUCUUCUGCGUGCUCUUCCUCAUGUUCGGCUACAGGGGGAGGUUGAUGACCUGUAAGAAUGUGCAGGACCAGCUGGCCAUGCCACAGGUGGCACACAGUAUGCCUCUGGAAGACCCCUCCCCCUCCCAGGGUGCCCUGGCCCUCAACCUAGUGGCCCUGCCCAGUGGUGAGGGCAGAGGGGAUAUUGCAGGACAGACGCGGGGUGCAGACACUGAGCUGGAGAGACUCUUUCCAGGCCCCCCCAAUGGAGAUGGACGAGGUCGGACACUCAAGACGGAGGUCACUCAAGCCUCCUCAUCGCUGGAUGAGACACAGAUGUCCACACUACCCUUGGAUGAGUUCAGCAUUGUGGAGGAGGGGGAGACGCAGUUCCGGGAGCUGCCAGCAGAGGGCAAGGGUGGUGGCGGGCAGCGAGAUGACGUGUGAUUGCCAAGCCUGAGAAGCUCUCUCGCACUCAUAAGGUGCUCCACUCUGACUCUUCUCAUACUCAGGUCAACCGAAGUAUUUCAAUGCCGUUUUUUUUUUCUUUUGGACUUUAUUUUUUUGCAAAGAUUUAUUACUGGUAAAUUAAGUACCCUUUCGAAAAAGUCGAGUCAUUCAAGGUGACAUUCUGGUGGGUUUUUUAUUAUAAAUAGCUACGCUCUUAGUAUCAGGAGUGAACAAAAAGUGAUUUUCCUGCAGUUUUUUGUUGUAUUAUUUUGGUACUUCUUAAUCUUCCUUGAUUUUCUAUACGACCAGCUGCCGGCAGCACAGAAUAAGGCCGCAGAGUGUCCUUGCUUUUUUUAAAACAGCAUUAGUUUUUUAUUUUUUAUCUUGUGGACUUGUGUUUCUAUGAAAUAUCUCACAAUUGUCCUCCAGUCUGUUAGUUUUGUUUUGAUUCUCCAAGACAAAUCAGUCACACCUGCCUGCACUCGUCUUAACCGAUGAUUUCAACAACCUCGCCGCAAGAGACAAAAAGGCCUUCUUCCAGGGAUUUGAUAUAUACUCUGUCUCAGGACUUUUUUUGUUUUCAAUGAUAUCAGUAAUUUCUUAACGAAGUUCUCAUUCUAAACGCAGGCCAAUUAACAGACUCGGCUACACGAACCCAACAUAAACCUACCUCAGCCGGAAUGAAUGUCUUUGUGGGAAGCGUUGUGGGUCUGUGUCUUCCCGUUGUGUUCAGUUAUGUUAGAAGUCAAGCGAUCAGCUGGGGGGGGGGGGCAGAGGAACAGAAAAUAGAUUCCACACUACCUCAGAAGUCAAGAAACCUUCCCACCACUGCUAACUGAAGUGAACAAGAAAGUAUCCAACAUAAAGCACUUCCAAACACUGAAGUCAAUGUUCUACCUCAAGAUAUGCUUCUGUUGUUGUCGUCGCUGUCGUCGUCACUGUUUUUGUAUAUCGUCGUCUCGGGUGUCACUUGUCUUCAUUGUCAGUUCUUUUCACAGUGUAACGUUUCCUUCUAUUGUGAGAUGCUAGCUUCCCUCCACCGGGUAAUUGUAUCUGUGAAUGCAUCAGUACCUCAGCGUGAACGACUGCAUUCUUUUAUGAGCUUGGCUCUUAAGAACCAUUUAAGUGUACCACAGUUCAUUGUUUUUUUUUUUUCAAUGCAAUAUAUAUAUUUUUAAAAUUCUUUUUAUAGUUCACCUUCGGUUUAAUGCAAAAUACUGUUGUAGCUGCACUGCACUGCUACUAAUAACUUCAGGUGUACUGGACAUUCAGGGGAGGACUAUUUUAUAUACAUAAACUUUGGCCUAAAUAUACAUCAUAAAUACAUAUGUAUAUUAUGUGCUUGUGUGAGAAGAGUCUGUGUGUGUGUGUGUGUGUGUGUGUGUAUGACAGAGAGAGGAAGAAAGUGUAUAUAUAUGUAUAUAUAUGAUGUAUUUAAAGAUUAAGCAGAUUUAUCAAAAUGUCGGCGUGAGCAUUGACAGGUGUGAAUGUGAUUACAGACCUUAUAAUAAAUUGUAGCAUCUAAAUUGGUGCGAGCAUCGUUUCAGUGUUAAAUUUUGAAAUUUGGACACAGCUGCUCACAGGAUCACAGAGCAAAUUGCAAGAUUGCAUCAGGGGAAAAAAAUGAAAGAAGAAAUUAAAUCAGGUUUGGAGUGAAGGACCUGCCAACCUCCGUACAGGCUGUCAAUCAAUAAACAAUCCCGCACACGCUACCUCCCCUGCCUCCCGCGACACUGACGAAUGAAAGUGCUUCAGGGAUAAGAUUAAACCGCACCAUGCAAAUCCAUAAUGCCUAGGGCUAACAGCCAGAGCAGGCACACAGCUUAGCCUGCUUUGGGAUCCGACCACUCCCCCAUAUGCAAGGCACGGGCAGGGCUUGUUCAGGGCUCAGUCCGUUUGCCCACAGACAGAGCAGGGACACUCAAUGGUCAGGAAUAAGAUUACACUUCCCCAUACAAAUCCAUAAUACGGACAGCUAACAGCCAGAGCAUGCACGUAGCAUAGACCCAUGGAUACUCAAAGCUGGACCUCAAAUCCCAAUCCGGCCCUGGUUUUAUUCUAGGUAAUUAACUGAACAAUCAGAGCUACUGAUUGGCCAGACUGUAUUCACACCUGACUGCCAGGUAAAGGGAGUGUUGAAAACCAGCAGUUCUUGGACCUUGAGGGCCAUGAUUUGAGUAACAGGGGCCUAGCCUACUUUGGCCUCCAACCACUCACCUGCAAGCAGAGCAAGGACACCGCUUAGCCUGUGUUCAGGCCACUUAAGCAGUCUCACACAGCCAAGUGGGCUAGAAACUAGAGGGCCACAGCUCCACUGGAAUUCGUCUGUGUUGAAGUGAGGGCAAAAAUGACAUCCAGCUCCAUGCGUGAUUCAGAUGGUCUCUCAUCCCUGUGGUCGUUUCACCCAUUAUGCCAAAAGACUGAUUUUUCAGUCCCUCAGUCCCUCCCUUCAACACUCGGGGAAGCUGAAAAGCAAGACUGCGGUGACCUGUUUAUUUCAUGUACACCGAAACAUCAGGCAGUGUGAGCGUCCCUCUGCGUAGUUCCAGCACUGCUAUGCCUUGACCUUUUACACUUGAAUAAGAGGAAUUGCUAUACCCUCUGAAAUAUCCUCUUUCCUCCAUUUUGGCUUCUUUAGCCGUGACAGUUGUGGCAUAUACUGCCCUGGUGCAUUUUUCUGGUUACCUACCUCAACGCAACACUCCUGCUCUCAGGUGACUCCUCCACUUGUGAGGAAUAUCUGAAAAAGAUGUUUAUGUAAUGUUCAUAGCAUUAUAUUAUAUGUAAUAUUACACCUGCAACUGUCGGGAAUCUCCAAGCAUCUCCUCAGGGCCUUUCAGUCAGUUGGAGUGCAGUAAUGUGACAAAGCAAACCUCUUACCUUUUUAACGCAACUGUUAUGGAUGCGAAUGUAUGAAAAAUGUGGUGUUUCCUC